UUCACCGCCAGUUGGAUUCUUCACCACUGAGAGUAAGUGUAGGGUUGAGCUAUCCUCGUCACAGCGAUUCUGUGCCCUUUGGUUAAUCCCAUCCUGUUAAGAUUGUUAGUUUGCCCCAUAGUCAUCGGACGCUGCCUGCCCAAGGACCAAGCAUCUCCUAUUCGGGUGGGCUCCGUUAUAUCGUCCUCUCCUGCCUUGUCACCCCCACUGCCCGUGUGUCAUGAUUACAUUCCAACCACGACCCGUUCCCCAACGCAUAUCCAUUUAGACUCAGAUUUUUCGAACUAUGAGGAAGACCUAAACUUAUAUGACCGGCUGCCUAACUGUGAUUCCGACGAUUACUUUGAAUUUCCUCUCCCUGUGAUCAGUUUGUCUGUUUGUGUUGCCGCCACACGCUUCCAGCCCCCUUGUCCCUUCGUCUUGUGCUUCCCGUUGCUCAUUGACCAAGCCACAGCCAAAUUCUGACAGCGCCACGCUGGCAGUCGAGCCAAAGUGGACCAUUGCCCACUCCGCCCCGACGAACGAGCCACAGCGGCAUCCCGCUUCCGCUCCAGCGGCAACCAAGCCGGUGGACCCAGGGCUGAUUGCGAAGCGUCCAGCCCAGAGGGAGGAGUGGUCCGCAACCCCUAAGGUGCAGUGAUCUGAGGACCAAGAGGCCUUCUAUUGCUAUAUGAGAGCAGCAGAGAGCUGAACUUGCAGACCUCACGUACCAGGUACGUUGGGAGUUAGAUCAACUGGCCGAGUUACGCCAACAUCACAGUAGCCACAGACUCACUGCUGACCCAUGCCCACGCCACAGUAGCCACCGAUCCGCUACCAAGCCAAACCCACUUCACCGUGGCGACUGACCCACUGCCACGCCACACCCAUGUCGCGGUGGCGACAGACUUCCGGGUGAACCACGCUCCUGUCCCGGCGGCGGCAACGACCCCGCAGCCGCUUCCCUCUCCUAUGCAGCCUGCACCGGCGACGACUCCGCGCCCACCUCGCGCUCUUCUCCCAGCGGCAACAGCGGUGAUGACUUCUUGGCCACCUCACGUUCCCAUCCCGACGGCGACAACUCCAUGGCUGCCUCAUAUUGCUAUGCCGGUGGCCUGCCUGCCUGCCACAUUCCUGCCUGCCUCCCAACCAAGCCUCAGCAGCGACCUAUCCCCGGGUGCCUCCCACUUCUGUCUCGGCAGCGACCCCUCCACUGCCGACUCCGUUCCUGUCUCGGAGUGGACGGGUAUACUACCGCCUCAUGCUCCUGUCUCAGCGUCGACCGGCACGAGGCCGCCUCACAUUCCUGUCUCAUCAGCGACCGGCCCAUGGCCACCUUCUACUCCUGCCUUGCCCUUGGAUUCCUCCUCGAGGCCAUCCACCCGAAUCGCCUCGUGUGGACCCUGGUGCUUGACAUCACGGUCGACCUCCCGACUUGCUCGGCCAGAUGCCUCGAAUAGGUGGCCUGGAGGGCCACCAGACAGACUGAGUUUGGGCGCUCUGGGCGGUGUCACCUUAUACCUGUCACCAACCACAGCUGUUUUCCAUUUCGUUGCCUCGUGUCAGUGUGUUGUGUUCAAUGCCAGUUUGAUUCACCACCACUGA